AUGCUUCAGAAAAACCAGCGACGGUUGAGUGUUAGCAUGAAUCAUGUACGCGACCACAAUAAAGACCUUGCCGAGGGCAUCCUGCAACAGCCGUUCGACUAUACAUUGGCCUUCAAUCACGCACUGAAAAAAAUCGUUGAGACAAUACCCCAGGCUCGACCCGACCAAACCGCUCGUGACACCAUCUACUACUGUGCCUGGACUGGUAGUUUUGGUCUUCAUGCCUGUAGCCCUCGCUCUCUUUCAUCCCAGCACCUCAACCACAUGGUUUCCAUUGAGGGAAUUGUCACCCGAUGCUCUUUGAUCAGGCCGAAAGUUGUGCGGAGCGUUCAUUACAAUGAAGCAAAAGACAAAUUCCACUUCCGGGAGUACCAAGACCAGACUAUGACAAAUGGAGUUACCACAUCCAGCGUAUAUCCCAGAGAAGACGACGACGGUAACCCGUUAACCACGGAGUACGGCUUUUGCACGUACCGAGACAAUCAGACAAUUUCCGUACAAGAAAUGCCCGAGAGAGCCCCCGCUGGCCAACUUCCCCGCGGUGUCGAUGUCAUUCUUGACGAUGAUCUCGUUGAUAGCGUCAAACCAGGUGAUAGGGUUCAGUUGGUUGGUAUUUUCCGCACACUGGGCAACCGCAACACCAGCCACAACAGCGCCCUCUUCAAGACAAUCAUAUUGGCGAAUAAUGUUGUGCUUUUAUCAUCCAAAUCUGGCGGCGGCAUUGCAACCGCACCGAUAACAGACACUGACAUUCGAAACAUCAACAAGAUAGCCAAGAAGAGGAACCUGCUGGAGUUACUGUCGCAAUCGCUUGCGCCCAGUAUCUACGGCCACGAAUACAUUAAAAAAGCCGUGCUCCUCAUGCUACUUGGCGGCAUGGAGAAGAAUUUGGAGAAUGGCACUCAUUUGAGAGGCGAUAUUAACAUUCUGAUGGUGGGAGACCCUUCGACAGCUAAAUCGCAAUUGCUACGGUUUGUUCUCAACACCGCCCCUCUGGCGAUCGCUACGACGGGCCGUGGGUCGUCUGGCGUCGGCUUGACGGCUGCCGUUACGUCCGACAAGGAAACCGGAGAAAGGAGGCUCGAGGCAGGUGCCAUGGUGAUGGCUGAUCGUGGCGUCGUAUGCAUUGACGAGUUUGACAAAAUGUCCGAUGUCGAUCGAGUUGCCAUUCACGAGGUCAUGGAGCAACAAACUGUGACGAUUGCCAAAGCGGGCAUUCACACGUCACUCAAUGCUCGGUGCUCUGUUAUUGCCGCCGCAAAUCCGAUAUUCGGACAAUACGAUCCGCACAAAGACCCACACAGGAAUAUUGCGCUUCCAGACUCACUAUUGUCCCGAUUUGAUCUCCUCUUUGUGGUCACCGAUGAUAUCGAAGACACGAGGGAUCGGCAAGUCUCAACGCACGUGCUGCGCAUGCACCGAUAUCGUCAGGCCGGCUUGGAGGAGGGCCACCCCGUACGCGAGCAGACUUCACAGCUGUUUCGCGAGUCCGCCGACAGUCAGGCCAGUACCCAGGGACAAACUGAAAUUUUCGAAAAGUACGAUGCAAUGCUCCAUGCUGGUGUCCCCUCCAGCUCUGGUCGAACUUCCAAGAAGAAACCCGAGAUCCUAAGCAUGCCGUUUAUGAAAAAGUACAUACAGUAUGCCAAGACGCGAAUCAAACCAAUCUUAACACAGGAUGCCUCGGACCGCGUUGCCGAGAUUUAUGUCGGCCUUCGCAACGAUGAAAUGGAGGGAAAUCAAAGACGAACCAGCCCCCUUACUGUUCGUACAUUGGAAACCAUCAUCCGACUUGCAACUGCCCAUGCCAAAGCUCGGCUCUCAAAUAGAGUCGAGGAACAAGACGCUGCUGCUGCAGAGGCAAUUUUACGCUUCGCGCUAUUCAAGGAAGUUGUUGAAGAUGAAUCUCGCAAAAAGCGUAGAAGGACACAUGCAGUCGAAUCCGGGUCCUCUGGUGACGAGAGCCCUGACGAUAACAAUGACGGCACCGACGAGCAGACUGUGGCCGACAUCACAUACCGCGGCAAUACAACUUCAACGCGGCCAUCGAUCCGCAUCACGACUCGCUCUCAUACGAGAACUUCUCACGCAACUGCUGAAGCAUCCGAGGCAAGCCACAUGGGGAGAAAUAAUGCGGACAGCGAGAUCCACAUUUCACCCGAUGGCGAGACUGGAAGUAGAAUUCCACGCCGGUCCGGCCAGAGUUCUCGAUCAAUGAUGAGUCCCACGCAAUCACAAACAUCUUUUGCCUCAUCCAUGCCUGCAUCUCAGCUGGCGUUACCAUCCCAGGACCAGACUGCGAUGGAAGAAGACAUCAGUAGUUCAGCAGCCAAUCUUGCUAUCGAGGAUGAGCCCCCCAUCAGUUCUCGGAGACUCGCCUCUUUCAGAACAGCGCUGGGACAACUUCUCAGCACAAGUUUAUUUGACGACGACUCCGCAAGCUUAGCAGCAGUGAUGGCUGCCGUCAACAGUAAAAUUUCAUCCCAUGAAGGCGACAAAUUUGACAGAGCAGAGACCGUCAAGGCACUCCGGGAAUUGGAAAAGGUGAAUCACAUAAUGUAA